CUGAUACGUUGAAUUACCCAUGCCCAGAGGGCUAGUGGGAUCUGGGAAAGCUUACGGCGACAGUCGAAGCUGUGGUCAGCAUGCCUGCUCGGAGCAUUGGUGAGCCCUGCAACGCCGCUCGUGCAUGAGACGAGCAUUCCGAUUUGAGUGUUCCCAGGUGUACGUGGACAAGGAUCUUAGGGCGCAGCUGUGGCGGCUGCUGCACGGCCAGAUCCACCUCAGCGCCGUGGUCACAGAGCCAGACGAUCCCGCCCAGUACAUGUACGUCCGCUCCACUCAGGACUUCGUCAAGCUUGUAGCCAGCCUUCAGGAUGACCAGAGCAGCGGCACCCAAGAGUCCAAGGUCCAUGCCUCGGCGUCUGUGGUGAACAGCGUGCUGCGGGAGUGCUCCGUCGCGGGGGCGGCUGUCAUCGAGAGCUCCUUCCUGCAGCGCUGCAACAUCGGGGAGGGCGCCGUGUGCUCGGGGCUGAAGCGGAUUGUCGGACUCGACGUGCCGCCGGGGCUGCGGCUGCAGCAGGUGUCGCUCCUGGGCUCGGGCUACGAGGCGGUGCGGCACGGCCUGGUGUGCGUCGCGGCCUACCGCCUCGAGGACGAGCGCUGCCAGUUCGCGGCCGGGGGCACGUUCCUGGGCCAGUCGUGGGAGGAGUUCUUCCGCAACACGGGGGCGGGCCCAGCAGACCUGUGGGGCGAGGGCCACGAGACCUGCGCGCGGACGCUGCGGGCGGCGAGGCUGUUCCCGACGGUCGCCGACCUCUCGCCGGGUUCCCUGGGCCUGCUGUGGGCGGAGUAUGCGGCGGCCAUCCAGCAGACGCCUCCCGCCUCCAGGAGGGCGCGCGUGGAUCUGUGGAGGCGACGGUGGAUGCAGGUUUGGCGGGACGCCCCGCGGCUCUCGCUGGAGGAGCUGCUCUCCAGCGCUGACGUGGGGCGCGAGCUGGAAUGGCAGGACGAGGUGUCGGCAGAGACCAAUGUGCUGAGGGCCAGGCAGCUGAUGCUACACCAGCGUGACAAGUCGCUGCGGCACAUCAUCGACGACGAGGUCCGGCGCAGGCGAUGGGGACUCCUAGACGUUUUCGACGCGAUCGCGGCGGCGGAGGACACGCCGCUGGAUGUGGCCGCCCGCUCGCUGGCGCAGGUGGCCGAGCUCCUGGCGGCCUUCGGCGGCGUGGCGGGCGGCCUCCGCUCCGGCAUGGCGCGCAACCCGCACUGGCGUGGCGCGCUGGCGCGCCUGUCGGGGGCGAGCGCCGAGGAUCGCCGUGAGGCAGUGCUCGAGAUGCGUAGGCUGCGCUCGCAGUGGAUCAACGACGGCCCCGUGGCGCUCAUCCGCGCGGCGCGCCACUACGAGGCGGCGGCGCAGCUGCUGAUACUGACGGCGGUGGCCACCUGCUCGGAGUUCGUCUCCAUAUCGCCGGCGGCGGAGCCGACGCCUCCAGGGGCGUGGGUCACCGUGGAGGCCCCGGCGCGGAUCGACCUCGCCGGCGGCUGGACGGACACCCCGCCCGUGUGCUACGCCCACGGCGGGGCAGUUGUCAACCUGGCCGUCACGGUGGCCGGGAGGCGGCCGCUGGGCGCGCGCGCCCAGAGGCUCAGCGACCGCCUGGAGCUCGUCUUCGAGACGAGGGCCGACGGGCCCGGCGGCGGCGGUGGCUCGCCCGAGGCCGCCAGCCCGCCCACCGUCGUCUGCCGCACGCUGGCCGACCUCGAAGACUACAACAGGCCCGGGGCGCCGGGCUCGCUGGUCAAGUGCUGCGCGCUGUCCUGCGGCAUCGUGGCCCUGGCGCCCGGCAGCGCGCCGCUCGCCGAGCAGCUGCGGGCCGCGGGGGGCGGGCUCCACCUCGUGACCUGGAGCUCGCUGCCGCAGGGCUCGGGGCUCGGCGGCUCGUCCGUGCUUGCGGGCGUGGCCAUGAAGGCGAUCCUGGCCGCCUUCGGCCUGGACAUGGACGACUCCUCGCUCAUCCACGCGGUGCAGAACGUGGAGCAGAUGCUGACCACGGGGGGCGGCUGGCAGGACCAGGUCGGCGCCAUCCUGGGCGGCGCCAAGAUCACCCGGUCCGCGGCCGCAUUGCCCCUGCGGGUCGUGCCCGAGCCGCUGCCCAUGAGCCAGGAGCUGGCCGAUGCGAUCUCCCGCCGGCUGGUGCUCGUCUUCACCGGGCGGCCCAGGCUCGCGAAGAACCUCUUGCAGAACGUCAUCCGCCAGUGGUUUGCGCAGACGCCCGAAAUAACCCGCACCGUGAGGGAGCUUGUCGCCAACGCCGAGGCGGCAGCUGAUGCCAUCCGCGCGGGCGACCUGGAGAAGCUGGGUGCCUGCCUCUCCGCCUACUGGGCGCAGAAGCGCGUCAUGGCGCCCGGCAGCGAGCCGCACGCCAUCGCCGGCCUGCGUGAGGCGCUGUCCCCCGGCCUCCUCGGCUUUACCCUGGCCGGAGCCGGAGGGGGCGGCUUCGCGGUGCUGCUCACGCGCGAGCCGUUGGCACACGAGUGGGUCCGCUCGGCGCUCGCGGAGUGCCCGGGCAUGGAGGCCGCCUACGUCUGCGAGGCCGCGGUGGACUUCGA